AGACGAAGAUUGCCGAGGUUUAGCCGCUUUUGACCGCCCGGAAUCCUGGAUGGAGAUGACCCCGCGAUCAAUCAGCCUUCCCUCUAACAAAACUUCUUACCAACUUUACCGUGUUGCGCAAAUUUAGAAUAUUUGGAAUCCACAAUAUCUGCACUUUUUUUUUCUCUCCAGCACAAGAUACCCAACAAUUCAAGAUGGCUGCUCAAGGUGCAAAAGUACCAAGAAACUUUAGAUUGCUAGAGGAGCUAGAGAAGGGCGAAAAGGGCCUUGGAGCUGGUGAGUUGGAUAUCAGCAAGCAGUAAAGUUUGACAAGCUCUAAUGAUCUUCGUCACUCAAAGACGCUUGCUCUUAUGGUCUUACCGACGGCGACGACUUAUACAUGUCCAACUGGAAUGGCACAAUCCUCGGCCCCCCACACGUAUGUUUCUUCUCGCACCUAUUGUAUAUUUUGUUUUUAAACUAACAAAGGAUACUAAUAGAGCGUCCACGAGAAUCGCAUCUAUUCUCUCACCAUGCACUGCGGAGAGGACUACCCUGAUGUCCCACCCACUAUAAGAUUUACCAAUAAAAUCAACCUUCCUGGUGUGCAGGAUGAUGGCAAGGUUGUUACAUUAUGUAGAUGGUUAUAGGAAUAUACGGAGCUGACUGAUGCUCUAGGUCGACCCUUCAAAGAUUGCGUGCCUUGCGAAUUGGCAACGCCACAAUACAAUGGAAACUGUCUUGAUUGAGUUGAGAAGGUAAGCUACGCAGUCUACACUCUCAUCGCGGGGACAGAAGCUUACCUUAUUCAGAUAUAUGGCAUCUCCAGCCAACAAAAAGCUUCCUCAACCCCAAGAGGGUUCUACGUACGAUUAGAUACCACUUACAUCUCUGGACGGUUCAUGACACGAACAUACCUCGAGAUCACAAGGCUCACUGGGUCGAGGAGAGAUUGGUGAUGCAUAUGACUUUCUUUAUGUUGACACGGGGGCAUCAGCGCGGCGAAACUGGUUUUCUAUCCUGGCUAUGGUGUUUCUGAAUGAGAAAGGAACGAAUGAAGCAAGCGAUGAUGAUUCUUGCAAGAAAUACAAUGACUUGU